AUGAGUAUUUCCGUAUAUUCUGUUACUAUUUUCACACUUUUGACAUUACUUCCGUUAAUAUGUAUAUCACUGGAGUGCAUCAACUCAACAUCAUACAUGGACAGAGUUCUCGUCAAACCAAUGAGCUCACAUUGUCGUUUGAAUAAUGCACUUUGUGUGAAGACAAUGCAAAUUAGUCAGAAUUCUGAUGGUUCACCAAAGGUAUUAUCUAUUCAUCGAGAGUGCUAUGAACUUGAACCACCACAGGCUUAUAGAGAUGGUAGAGGAUGUUUGGAUUCAUAUGAUGAAGAUGAUCCAAUUUCUAGACGAAUUGGGCCACACUUGAUCACGUGUUACUGUUCAUCGGAUUUAUGCAACUUCUGA